AUGUCUGACGAGAACGCGAACGGUACCCCCGGCGAGCAGGCUGCUGCCAACUCGGAACACCUCAACAUCAAAGUCACCGACAAUAACAACGAGGUCUUCUUUAAGAUCAAGCGCACUACAAAGCUUGAGAAGCUGAUGACCGCCUUUUGCGAACGCCAGGGCAAGACCACAAGCUCUGUCCGAUUCCUCUUUGAUGGGACGCGAGUUCAGCCCACAGACACACCGGAUGCGGUUCGUUAUGCCUUUGUCCACCAUACGCCUCUCGAGAUGCAAGACGGCGAUACCCUCGAGGUGCACCAGGAACAGGUCGGAGGAUCUUCACUUUAA